CACCUCUCUUUCUUUUUUUUUUUUUUAUUAGUCCUCCUUAUUCCUCCACUCCGCCAUAUUUUCUGAAAUGGUUCGCUGAUCAUCCUAUAAUGGAUCGCUUCAUCGGUGGCACCUCCGCGUCCUCCAACGACGGCGACGAACUCACCGAGGACGAUAUUUUCUGGACCACCACCGACUUCACCGAACGAAACCACACCCAAUCGCCUUCCACCGCCACAACCAAUUCCCACAGUCGCCGCCCGUCUUUUUCGCAGAGUUCCGGAAUCCUCGCUGCAUUGCUAGAGCCAAAUCACUACCAAAUCCUCUAUAGAAAACCGAUAAUUCCUUCUUCGUCAUCAACCGUCAAGGUGGGACCAACGAUCCCUCGGGCAACGUCGCAGGAAAGGGAAUAUUCUAGAAAAUUGCAGCAGCAACAGUCGGCACCGGUGAACGUGCCGCUACUGUCGGUUGCGGUGGCGAGGGAAAGGAAUAAGAAGUUUCUGGAAGUUGAUUAUUACGAUGAGGAUGGAGAGCAGGAGAUGCUGCCACCGCAUGAAAUCGUGGCCAGGGGUUCGGGAGUGUCACCGAAGACAACUUUCUCAGUGCUUGAAGGCGUAGGGAGGACUUUGAAAGGAAGAGAUCUUAGGCAGGUCAGAAAUGCAAUUUGGCGAAAAACUGGGUUUCUUGAUUAAAUUUUAGUAUUUUUUUUUUCAUUUUUAAUUUAUGGGUUUUUGAAUUUUGCUAAAGAACUAUAUUUAAAAUUAUAUAUUAUUAUUUACAUAUACCAUUGAAGGUUACUUGUGUGGUGGAAACAUGAAACUGAAACUCAAAGCCUCCAUCUAAUAUUUAAUGGUUAAUUGUUAAUAAUUGUGUGGUGCAAAACAAAUUUGGUUUUUUGAUUCUGAAAUUUUUAAGGUGUUUCUAUGUUAUUGAUAUGGACAGAAACAUAGAAAAUUUGGAAAACUGAACUUGGGAAUGGAUUAUUGCUGAUUAGACGAUGGCCGCAACAUGUUAUUAGGUCAGCCAUACAGAAACAUAGAAAAUUUGGAAAUUUAGGGAAUGGAUUAUUGUUUAUUAAACAAUGGCCACAGCAUGAUGGAUUAUUGUUUAUUAAACAAUGGCCACAACAUGUUAUUAGGUCAGCCUUACAGAAACAUAGAAAAUUUGAAAAUUUAGGGAAUGGAUUAUUGUUGAUUAAUCAGUGGCCACAACAUGUUGUUAGGUCAGCAUACUUAUUAUCUUCGGUUUUUUUAUUUUUAUUUUUUUUGUUGUUUUCUGUGAAACAGAUUGAUCUUUAGUAGUAUUUAAUCAACGUGAAGACAUGAACAUUAAAUGUUUUCUUAUUCAAUUAUAGGGCAAUUUGUUUUGGAGUUUAUAUUCUAUGAAAUAAGGACAGACCCUUCUUCAUUUGAAUAUGGAGUUUUUUUGCAUGCUAAAGUUGUUUGAAAUCUUAUUUCCUAAAAUCGAUUACUUUAAAACUUUAUCCUUCCCCUCUUUCUCCUCUGUAUAGCAGGAUACAAAUAAAUUAAUCAAUUAACAAUAUAACAUAAACAGGAACAAAUCGAACAAGCAGUCGUGAAAUAUUAGAAAAAUAACAAAAUUUUGUUAUUAUCACAGAAACAAAAUCUAUGAGGGACUGGAGAUGUGUUAUGGGGUAUGUAUCAUGGUGUCAUGCUUGUACAAAUUAUGGGUAACAAGAAUUAAGUAUAGAAACUGACUCUGCCUCUUCAGUUUCCUUAAUCACUAAAAGCAUCUCCAACAGUCGCCCAUAUCUUGUCAUCUUAAUAUCACCAAAGCGAUUAGAGAAACCAUGCACAAUAAUAAAGAAUUGAUGUUGAAUUACAGUUCUAAGACAAGAAUUUUGCAAACGGAUUAGUUGGCAAAGAAUUGCAAUGAACAAGACAGCGGAGUGCAAUUUUACUUCAAGCCCACCUACAGAUCUUUGCCAAAUUCUUUAACUGAUAUUGUAGGAGUUGCAUAAUUGCAUUCCUCGUCUUAUUAAAGAUUUUUUUUUCUAUUUUUCUCCUUUCCCUUCCACCAAAAGCAUAGUUUGUGCUUUUUUUUAUCAUGUGUCAUUUGUUGAUAACAUAGAUUUGACAUGGAUAAAUGUAUCGUAUUUUGAGAAUUAAGUUUAAAGUUUCCUUAUUGAGAAAUAGGAUUAAAGAGCACCUUCCAUUAGGUAAAAAGUCUUUCAAUACGUGGAGGAUUUCUAUGGCGACAGCAUUAUGAGGAUCGAUCUUGUCAUUAGAUAAUACUCGCAACACGUGUGUGAGGAUCGAUCUUGUCAUAAAACGACAUCCAUGACACGGUGAAAAAGAUUUAGCUGUGGAUCUGUAUUCACAGGGUGGUGGGAGGGAUCGAAAGGACCCUUCUCCUAAUUUAAUCAAAUAACUCGGUUCAGCUUUACGACUUUAGGCUUUAGGCAGCUUCAUUUUAUGUAAAUUGGUGCUUGACAGCUUGAGUUUCAAUAUUCCAUGUGAUUUACCUAAUGGAUUUUCAAAGACGUUCCAAAGCCAAACUCAUUUUGUGGAGUUAAUUAUAAAUGCAAGUUCUAUGGGGGCAAAGCGUGAAGCUUCUGAAUGGAGCCCCAAUUCAAGUUUUCAGGUCAAAACAGGAUCUCAAAAUUUAUCUAUAUUACAGCAGUUUCGUCUUCUUCUUCUUGAAGCUUAUUACUACAAGAUUUCAAAGUCAAAAACAUUACAAAGACAGCAGCAAUAUGAAAGAGAAAAUUCUUCGACAAGUAGUAAGUAAAAAUGUGGAUCACAAUGGCAAGUCAGACAAACUAUAGUGCCUCAAAAGUUUGAAUUCAAAAUGGAAAAGAAAUUCAAUUCCCAUUCACACAUCUAAUUGAUUCAUCACUCUUGCCAUUACCACCUUUCCAACUUUUAAAACCAAAACCAUAAAAAAAAAAAAUCAAAUUAAUAACUUUGAUCCUUAUCAGAUUGUCUCCCACCUAAAGUAAUUAAGACAUCUAAAAAUUGUCAAUUGGAGUUUGAACUUCCUUAUACAUAGCUGAAACCACAGAAAGAACAAAAUUAGUACAAAACUAAU